GGGCGGCGCGGGGAGGAGCGCGGCGGGAUGAGCUGGGCCCUGGGCGGCUGGCGGGCGCGGCGCCCCGCGCGCCUGCUGGGCCCCCGGAGGUGGCUCGCCGGGCGGCGGGGCCCCGAGGGGGCGGCGAGCGCGGACGCGGAGGGCGGGGGGGCCAUCCCCUUCUCCGCCAGCAAGGCCAGCCCGCGGCUGUGGAGCGUCAGCCGGUCUAUGGGGAGCGACCACCAGAGGCCGUGGGUGAAGGUGCUGCCUCUCAGUCUGCUGUGCGGCGGGCUGCUGCUCUGGUAUCUAAAGGAAUUUAGGACAGAGCAGUGCCCCCUAUUUUUGCAGCACAAGUGUACCCAGCACAGACCAUUUACCUGUUUUCAUUGGCAUUUCCUAAAUCAGCGUCGUCGUAGACCUAUACGAAGGCGUGAUGGGACUUUUAACUACAGUCCAGAUGUUUAUUGUACAAAAUAUGAUGAGACUACAGGAAUCUGCCCAGAUGGAGAUGAUUGCCCUUACCUGCAUCGAACAACAGGAGAUACAGAAAGGAAGUAUCAUCUCAGAUAUUACAAGACUGGAACAUGCAUUCAUGAAACAGAUGCCCGGGGUCACUGUGUGAAGAAUGGAAUUCACUGUGCCUUUGCUCAUGGGCCACAUGACAUUAGACCUCCAGUAUAUGAUAUAAGAGAACUUCAGGUGCAGGAAUCUUUCCAGAAUGGGCAGCUAGGAUGCGGUGAAGGUAUUCCAGAUCUGCACCAAGGGAUUUUAGCAAGUCAAGCAAUGAUUGAGAAGAUCCUUAGUGAAGAUCCAAGAUGGCAGGACACAAAUUUUGUAUUAGCUGGCUACAAGACAGAACAGUGUACCAAGCCACCCAGACUCUGCCGCCAGGGUUAUGCAUGUCCACACUAUCACAAUAGUCGAGACAGAAGACGAAAUCCCAGAAAAUUCAAAUACAGGUCCACUCCUUGCCCCAGUGUAAAACAUGCAGAUGAAUGGGGUGAACCUUCAAGGUGUGAAAGUGGGGAUAGCUGUCAGUAUUGUCAUUCUCGUACAGAGCAGCAGUUUCAUCCUGAGAUAUAUAAAUCUACAAAGUGCAAUGACAUGCGUCAGACAGGUUACUGCCCACGUGGUCCAUUUUGUGCAUUUGCACAUGUUGAAGAGGACACCAUGAAUGUAGUCAUACUGCAAACUGGUUGUCAAUCAAAGCCAGGCGCUCACCUGUUUUCAACAGACAGCAUAGGAAUUGCAAAUGAAUGGAGCAGCAGUCUUAACUCCACAAACAGCAUUACAAAUAACAGUGGGCAGUCUGGAAAUAUUUCCUGUUCUUCAAGUCCAACUGUAACAUCAACUUCUGGUAGCAGUAGUUCUUUGUCACCUCUGGGACCUCUUUGUAGACAGAGAUCAUUAGCAAAUGGUGUUCUGUGUUCUGAGUCUAGCACAUCAGGUGUUUCUUCACCAACAUCUAGCUAUCCAAAAGCACCAGGUUUUGAACGAGAAGAUCAGGCAAAGCAGCGAAUUUUCUCAGCUGAGAAUCAGCAGAAAACAAGUGAACAAGACAACAAGCAGAACCAUCUCGGUGUUUUUUCAGUGGUUAAUCCACUUGCUUCAAGUAUAACUUCCAGUCUGGCCUCCAGUGUUGGAUCAGAUUGUUCAUCUCCUCCAACUGUCUCAGCUGUCAGUGCCAAAGCUCUCCCAUUCUAUUCUGGUGGUAACACAAUUGAAUCAGUUAUAGGUUCUGCUUUGGAUUUACAUUUUAAAGAUGUGAAUGUUGCAUCCAUAAAUAGAGAAUGGGAAGAUCAAGAAGGCAGUGACAUUGGAUUAGCAAGUUUAAAUGGUGUUACAGGGAGCGUUUGGGACUUCGUGGCUGGGAAUUUCUCUCCUAGUCCAUCCCCAGUAUUAAGCAUUGGCACUACUCUCUCAGCAUGUGAUGCAUGGCAAAAAGAGGCUCAAGAAGCAAAAGAACGUGCUGAUGUUGCAGCUGCUGACAAGCAACUCGCUCUUCAGAAGAAGGAGGAAGUGGAAAAUAAAUUAAAAAAGCUGAAGGUGCAGUUAGCUGCCUGCCUAUCUACUACAUUACCUUACAUAAAAAACUCUGGAGACAUAGAGAAGAUAUCCUUGCCAAUGCUUCGUUCCUUACAAAGUCGGCUGCACUUAGAUUUAGGAACAAUAGAUGAGGUGAUUUUUCAGCUUCAGUCAAAGAAGUGUAUAGUAUGUCGAGAAGGUGAUCGUAGCAUUAUCCUGAAUCCAUGUCAACAUUACAUACUUUGUGACCACUGUGCAGCUAGACAAGAAGAAUGUCCCUGUUGCAAGAAAUCAAAAAAUCCACGGUGUGACACUAGUACAGCUUACAUUGAAAUGACCUACUACUGUGUUACAUGAUUUGUAUCUCCAUAUUAUUGUAUUCAGUAUAGGAAUUGAGUUCAUAGGCAGUAAAGUUUAUCUAUUUAAAGGUAAUUCAUGCUGAAACAAACAAACAAACAAAAACAAGAUGUAUACUAAAAUUACUGUUGAAAUAGAUAAAGCUUUUUGAAUUCUGUCAGUAUUAAAUACAGGACCCAAGCCAAAGGUACUAAAAUUAUUGUAUCCUGACUGGGUUUUGUGGUCUUUGUAUGAAGGCUUGAGUUAGCAAAAAACAAUCAUUACAUAUUUCUGUGAUAACUAAAUGUACAGACUCAUUGCUGCUUUUGUAAGACAUGCCAGCCUGCAAGAACGUUACAGACUUUUCAGGAAGGGAGAAGAAGGAUAAAAUAUUAAAUAUAUGUCUGCUUAUUCCUUUUUUAAAAUUUUGUUUGAAGAUCAUAGUAGUCCAUUUUAAAUAAACAUCAAAUUUGGAUUUAAAAUGUGAUUUUGCUGACUUUCACACAGUUACUCAAAAAUAUUUGUAUUGAGAAAAGUAUAAAAUUAGACUAUAUUGGCAUUUUCAAAAACACUUUUGUGCCCUGUGUCCUAAAAUAAGAUGCCACUCUGUUUUAAAGGUUUAACCAGUUUUGGACAUUCCAAAAAAAAAAAAAAAAAAAAGGAACCUUGAUCAUCAAGUUUGGCUGUCUUUUUGCAUCUGUGCAGUCUAUGACAAUACUUGUUUUUGAUCUGUAACAGAAUUUUGGACUAAAGCAGAGUUAGUGAUACGAGAUUUUUUAAACAAUAAGCAAAUCAAGGAAUAAUGUCAAACAAGAAAUUAUUUUGGAUACUGGUGUGCUAUAUUUAUCCACAAUGUGGAACAGUUUUCUGCAACUGUUGUACUCACAAACAUGUUUAGAAAGGGUUUGGUCAGAAAUUUUGCUGUGAUAUUUUAGAGGAAACCAGUUCAGCCCACAUUGUGCUGCUGAUAUGCUGCAAUGUGACAUUUGUUUCCUCAGAGGUAUGGAAGUAUGGUUUUCUGCUUCUUGUCAAAGUUUAUUGUUCUUUGUGUGAAUUUGUGUGCAAUUGCCUGUGAUUCUAUAGCUAUUUUUGGUCUCUCUCUUUUUAUAUUUUUUUUUGGUAGUAAUAGGUGAUUUUCCUCAUCCUGUGAUGCCAACAAAAAAGAAAUUUAAACAAUAUUUGCAGCAUGAAUCAUCACACUGUCAUUUGUAGUUUGUGUGUUGCUUUCUUUAAGAGGAAAUAAAUUAAUAUGUUGAGUUUGUUGCUUUUUAAACAGUUGUAUGUUUUGCGUUUUAUAAUGAUGAAUCUUGAAAAUAAUGUUGUGUGUCCCAUAGUAAUAUCAGUAUUGAAAAUUUUGCAUAUGUUCCCCUGCAAGCUUUUCUUGCGCUGAAUUAUGGACACAAACUAUUGACAAAUCAUUUGGUGAAGAAGGAAAAAAAUGCAGAUGAAAGAAAUGUACCUAUAUGUGAAAUUGUCAGGCUGGGCAGCUCGCUAUAACUACAGACAAACCCUAGGUGAUUGCUUGAACCAUACAUAGCACUCAAAGGAAAGUGCUAUAAAUGUUCUUCAUAAAAUUCUUUAUGUGAGAAGUUAUAAGCAAAGUUUUCUGUAUCUUAGUAAAAAGCAAGUCAACUGCAAAGACAAAUAAAUGUGUACUUUUACACCAGUACUUUAAAAUGGAGGAUAAUAAGAUGCAUGCAGUUGACUAGAGAUGAAUAUUUAGAAGAAGUAAGAAGGGAACCCCGACCCUUGUAAGUAUUUAUCCUUGUGCUAUAUAUACUAUCUGGAAAAUACAUUAUAUUUUAGUGACACAGUAAGUUGUUGCAUUUCCAAAAUAUUUUAAAGCAAACUAAGUAAAUUUUCAAGAUUCAUUUUGGUUUUUAACAAAAUUCUAUGUUAAUUUAUGUAAGAAUAUUAUUUUCUUGUGAAUGCCAUUAUGCUGUCACGAUUAUUAUAGCCUGGGGAAUAAUAGAUUAAAACUGGGAUUUCUCAGGGUUUUUACAGUUGAGCUGUAAUUCAACCGAAAGUAUGCUACUCACAGGUGGAUCCCAAGCUGCAUGUUAUAAGUUUAUUACUAGUCUUCUUUGCUGAUUAUAUAAUAUUCAUUAUAUAUAUUCCUGAAUUAUUAUUAUUAUUAUUCCUGAAUAUAUAUUGAAUAUAUAUAUAUUCAAUAUAUAUAUAUAUAUAUAUAUAUAUAUAUAAUAUUCAAUUAUAAUAGCUGAUUAUUACAGACAUACUUGUUUUCUUAUAUAUUGCCAUUCAGAAUAUUCUAGUAUCAAAUACAGGUAAUCAUAUUAUUACUGUCACACUAUAUGUGUAACUGUGGUCACCAUCAGACCUUAAAUAAAAAAGGAAUUUUUACUCAUAUUAAUUUAUGAAAGCUGUUAAUGUUUAGAGUGUACAGAAAGAAAUGAUUUUGUGAAUUGUUCUUAAUACAAAACAUAUUAUUUAUAAUGCAUACCCAUUCACUUGUAGUGAACUGUUUAAAACUCUUAACACUUGUUAAAACUUUUCUACAUGAUAGCAUUUAUGCAAUGGUUUACAGAAGUCAUGGAAUUAUUUUUAUUACC